AUGAGGGGACAUCGCCAAAUGGAGCUCCCAGAGGACUUCUUUAUUCCCAUCUCUCUGGAUACCAACAAUAUCACUGCACUGAGCCCAUUCCUUGUUCCACAGGAUCACUUGGGGCACCUAGGUGUCUUUUAUGCAAUGUCAAUUUAUAUGUUCUUCCUAUUUGUGAGUGGAACAACUAUUAAUGUCCUCACUAUCGCAUGUACUGUUCAAUAUAAGAAACUCCGGUCUCAUCUGAACUACAUCCUGGUGAACUUGGCAGUGGCAAACCUCAUCGUUGCCUGUGUGGGGUCGUCCACCUGCUUCUACUGCUUCUCCUUCAGAUACAUGGCUGUUGGACCAACCGGCUGCAAGAUUGAAGGAUUUGCAGCAACCUUGGGGGGUAUGGUGAGUCUGUGGUCUCUGGCUGUGGUAGCAUUUGAGAGAUGGCUUGUUGUCUGUAAGCCACUUGGGAACUUUGCCUUCAAGUCGCACCAUGCUAUAGCUUGCUGUGUAGCGACUUGGGUCUUUGCCUUGAUUGCCUCAGCUCCUCCUCUGUUUGGUUGGAGUAGGUAUAUCCCAGAGGGCAUGCAAUGCUCCUGUGGACCAGACUGGUACACAACCAACAACAAGUACAACAAUGAGUCCUAUGUGUAUUUCCUGUUCGGUUUCUGCUUCGCUGUUCCCUUCACUACCAUUGUGUUCUGCUACUCACAGCUGCUCUUAAUGCUGAAAUCGGCGGCAAAGGCCCAAGCUGAGUCUGCCUCCACCCAGAAGGCAGAAAGGGAGGUGACCAGGAUGGUGGUCGUCAUGGUGCUGGGCUUCCUAUUUUGCUGGGCUCCCUACACCAUUUUUUCACUUUGGGUUGUCAACAACCGCGGCCAGUCGUUUGACCUGAGACUGGCCACCAUACCCUCCUGUAUGUCUAAAGCCUCCACAGUCUACAACCCAAUGAUCUACAUCCUCCUUAACAAACAGUUCCGCACAUGUUUAAAGAAGAUGCUGGGCAUGAGCGCAAGCGAUGAUGAGGAGUCAUCAAGUUCAUCGGUCACUGAAGUUUCUAAAGUUGGACCUGCUUAGGUUGUUCACAUUUCAUGCUGCUGACAUAUAUUGUAAAAAGGAUUGAACUGAAGCACAGUAUGGCAGGUGUAAUGAUAUUAUCAUUACAUAUUAAGAGUUAUAUGCAAAUAAAAAUGUAAAAAAAAAGAACUAAAUACAUGAUGACAGUGAUUAUUUCUGUCUUUACUAGGCUAUUCAUUUUGAAUGUACACUUCCAAAAUGUAAUCUAUUUUGUAGUCUUGUAUUCUGUCCUGAAAUCUUGUUUUUUGUUCAAGAUGCACAAUGGAGGUCACUUCAAAACCCAUAGUAGUAACUAGUCAAAUAACAAGCGAAUGCUCCAAGUACAUUAGAGU